AUGGCAACUGGAAAGGACGCGUUGCUGCUGUGCUUCAUUCUCACCACCCAGCUCACAGCGUUUGUAGCUACUGAACAAAAAGCAGAGCACCCAGAAGUGGUGACCAAAUAUGGGACAGUCCGAGGGUACCAAUUCAAAGUAGACGCAGCUGAGAAGAGCGUGAACGUCUUUUUGGGAGUUCCUUUUGCUAAGCCCCCAGUUGGACCAUUGAGGUUUUCUGAGCCCCAGCCACCUGAGCCAUGGAAAGGGGUCAGAGAUGCCACUUCCUACCCGCCAAUGUGUCUACAGGAUAAAAAAGAAGGACAGUUUUGUUCGGACUAUAUUACUAAUAGAAAAGAAAAAGUUAUUCUGCAAAUGUCUGAAGAUUGCCUAUACCUAAAUGUGUAUACACCCGUUUCUACAGGAGAACAGGAAAAGCUGCCUGUCAUUGUAUGGAUCCAUGGCGGUGGGUUAUCUAUUGGAGCAGCUUCAUCAUAUGAUGGUUCAGCAUUAGCAGCCUUUGACAAUGUGGUAGUUGUAACAAUUCAGUACAGAUUAGGAAUUCUUGGAUAUUUUAGCACUGGUGAUAAGCAUGCCCGAGGUAACUGGGGGUAUUUAGAUCAAGUAGCAGCUCUUCAGUGGAUUCAGGAAAAUAUCAUGCAUUUUGGAGGAGAUCCAGGAUCCAUCACUAUCGCUGGAGAAUCUGCAGGAGGAAUCAGUGUUUCUGCUCUUGUCUUGUCUCCCCUGGCAAAGGGCUUGUUCCAUAAGGCCAUUUCAGAGAGUGGUACUGCAGCCAGGGCUUUAUUCACUGACCAUCCUGAGAAGGAAGCACAAAGCAUUGCUGCUGCCUCUGGCUGUGAAAAACCCAGUUCAGCUGCCAUAGUUGAAUGCUUAAGAGAAAAAACAGAAGAAGAGAUAGUACAGGCAAUACUAAAACUGGUAGGUUUUGACAGCUAUGCUAUGCUAUGCUAUACCUUACCUGAAAUAUGUGAACAGCCUCCCAUGUUUGUCAGUGCAUGUAGAGAUGGGGUGUUUUUUCCAAAGAGUCCCGAGCAAUUACUAUCUGAAAACAUGAUCAGUGCAGUCCCAUAUAUAAUAGGAGUAAAUAACUGUGAAUUUGGAUAUGUAAUUCCUAUGGCGGUGAAAUUUCCUGCUUACACAGAUGGUAUGGAUAAAGAUGCUGCACAUCAGAUUUUACAGACUUUCUUAGCAUUAUCAUUUAAGGGUGUUGCUUCUGAAGUUUUUGAUCGGGUAUACGAAGAAUACAUAGGGAAUGCAAAAAACCGUGCUGAAGUACGAGAUGGCCUUCUUGAUGCAUUAGGAGAUUCUGUUUUUGUUCUUUCAUCCAUUGAAGUGGCAAGAUACCAUAGAGAUGCUGGCAACCCAGUCUACUUUUAUGAAUUUCAGCAUCGACCAAGUUCAGGGGAAGGUGUUGUACCAGAGUUUGUAAAAGCAGAUCAUUCAGAUGAGAUCGCCUUUGUUUUUGGAAAGCCAUUCUUAGCUGGGCAUGCUACAGCAGAAGAAGAAAAACUUAGCAGAACUGUUAUGAGAUACUGGACUAACUUUGCUAGAAAUGGAAAUCCCAAUGGAGAAGGCUUGGUCCAUUGGCCUCAGUAUGAUCUGGAUGAAGGAUACCUGGAAAUAGACCUAACACAAAAGGCAGCAAAGAAAUUGAAAGAACACAGAAUGGAUUUUUGGAUACAGCUCACAAAAGAAAUGAGGAAUGAAAGGAGAGAACACACAGAUUUAUAA